AUGAAGCCGGUGGGUGUGCAACCUUUUACUCUCAAUGAUCUACUGCAGCACAAAGUGGAGAUAGAAAGCCAAAUGCUGCCACUUGGGCCCAGCUACCGCAGUGAGCUGUGGGCAUUCUUGCGGAGAGUUUCCCACUUUUCAUCCGAUUGGUUCCAGCAGCUAGGGGACUGGCACAUUCUGCCGGUGGACGGCCCGAAUGAUAGCCUUGAGCUUGUACCCUUAAGUUCAGCUCGGCAAUCGGUCAGGGCGGGAGAGUCCGAGCACCUGCAGGAGGUGCUCCAGAAGUGUAGCAUCCACAUUUUGCAGACAGGGUUUCCAGACGAUAUCGUGAGCGACUAUUUGGUGUCGAAGGAGUCCGAUUUGAUUCGUUUGCUUGUUGCCAUGCACAAGGAGCAUCGUGUCAUUGAACGCCUCUCAAUCAAGCAGCGGCACAGCCUGCUCGUCCACUUCUCAUGCCUGUCCCUAGGGGGAUCGUUAGGGCUUCCGAAAGACACCGAGAAGGCGUUGCAGUCGGCUGCAGAGCUGCCGCUGUUCCUGAAAGCCGAGGGUGACGAUGACGGCUCUUUCACGGGACUUGCCGGCGAAAGGGCGAAGUAUUGCUGCUUGCACCCCGACGACCCCUAUGCAAGUCAGCUGGAGAAACUUGUGCCGUCGACUGUCACCCUUCUGUCGUGGCCGACUCGCGAAGUGAAGCCUAUCUACGAGUUCUACGAUCUUCGGGUCUGCAAUGGAGAAGAGUUCAUGGUCGAGUUCGUACUACCUUGCAUCCCAGAAGCCUGCAAGUCGCCUGAGACAGCUGAGCCAUACUUGGAGCUGCUGUAUGCCUAUGUUGUGCAGGAGGAGUCGCAAAGAGUCACCAAGGCUGCCAAGAACUUGGCCUUUGUGCCCACUGAUGAGGUGAAACUGCGUCGUUCGACAGAGCUGCUUGAUCCGAUGCUCGCAGUGGCAGGGCUCUUCAGCCAUGUUCUGACAGCGAGCCUUCCGGCCAAGUGGCUGAGGAAUGAGAGAUCUCUGAGUCUCUUGAAAAAGCUUGGGCUGAUGAGCACUCCGGCACUCGAAGCUCUCGUGUGCUGUGCCCGCCAUUUGGAUUCGUUGAAGCUUGAGCCGAUGACGAAGGAAAUAAGGAAGCUGUCCUUUCACCUGGUUGAGGCAGUGGCUCACUGGCUUGUAUCUACUGCAGGCAAGCAGGCAGAUGUUCUGUCCAAAUUCCACAUCGUGGUGACAAAGGACUUUCGGAGCAGCCUGCAGCAGGCAGCAGAGCGAUGCCAGCGGGUAAGCGAUCCCGAUUUUUACGCCGCCUCUGAAGGUGGGGAAGGUGAGUGUAUUUUGAAGCUGCAACCCUUCAGGGGAACAGCUUUUGGUGCUUCUCGACGGGUCCUUUGGAGCGUGUGCCCUGUGUCCGCCCACGAAGAUCCAGAAUCAUGCUUGCCAGCUGCAGAUCCUUGUCAGUCCAACUCGCAAAUGGAUUUUGCCGUUGAGCAACCUGUGUUUUCACAGGUGCUUCAAGACAAACUGGGGGCACAUGUGUCUACCUCAAAAGUUGUGCCAGCGCUGGUGCUCGUGCACAUGCAGAACCUUUGCCGCCACCCCCACCCAAGGGAAGACAAACUACGGUUUCCGAAAACGUCGGCUUUCAACGAGCACCUCAUGGAAUGCUGGAAGUUGCUGCAGGACUCAGAACCCGUCGCAGAUUCUUCCGACAGUUUUGCCGAUCUCCGCUUCGUCAAGCUUCAGGAGGGGGACGCAGCCGACCGCCCGAAGAAUGACAUGGUAACUCUGGCAAGACCCAGGAGAUGCUUCUUGUUCAACAGCGGUUCGUACAAAGCUCCCGACUUCCAUGGGUACAUUCUCCAGGCUGACAGAACCCAGGAGGACCUCUGGUGUUCCCUGGGAGUGCGCGAAGACCCGGGCAUUCAAGACUUUGCAAUGGUGACCUGCGAUGUGGCGGCCAACAUGGAGGAUAGGACUCCAAUGGAGCAGGAGCUUCAGGUUCUGGAGACUUGCUUGAGUGGCGUGCAUGAUUGUGUUUCAAAGCUGCCAGAGAACUGCACGGAGCUGCCCCUGUCGGAGGAUUUUUUCUGGUUGGACCGGGACCGUCGGCUGGUGGAAGCCUCAAAGCUUCACUGGAUGGACGUGCCAUCCUGGAAAUCACGAGUGCAGGAGUCCGACCUUCGUUUCUGCGAGGCGAAGCAGACAGGCAGACAAGAUCCUCUCUUCGAAGCCCUGGCGAGAGCCUUCGGCUUGCGGAAGCUUUCUACCACAGUCGAGGAGCGACCAGCCAAAGUGCUGCCUGCCAGCUCGAAGGGUCCGGAGUCACAGCUGGCUGGAAUCAAGGAUGCCAUUUGUGCCCUCGUCACCUCUCCCAGCUUUGCGGCAGCGUUGCAGGCGAUUGCUGAAAACAUUGAGAAAGGAUUGCCUGAGCAGGUCAAGAGGCCUCUGCAAGAACGGUGCAGCCAGCUCACGUUUGCCGCCGUCCCAAAACACUUCGAAACCGCACUUUAUCUCGAUGACACGGAGCUGACUGGCAGCAGGCAAGAAGUUUGCGUUUGUUGGAGUGCUGCUUCGGACACCAUCUUUGUGAGUGAUGACGCUUUCGUAGAGAAGGAGAAGACCAUAAAGGAGCUCGUGGGCAUUUUCCAGCGCUUCAUGCCACAGCUCGCUUCCCGCCUGAAGAAAGCCAGGUCUCCGUUGGAGUCAAUCAUGGAAUGUGCCUUCGACAGCGGGCCGGAUGGGAUCGCUGCUGUCCUGGCCGAGCAUGAGAUCGACCCCACGCUGACGGAUAGCAAGGUCGUUUCCUGUGGAGAGGAGAUCGAUGACCAGCUGUCACAGCGUCUGGUUCAGUCAUUGAGCCAGACCUUUGAGGUUGAAGAGUAUGUCGCCAUUCGCGAUGAAGAUGGCCGUUACCUGCUUGGGCAAAUCGUGGAAUGGGAGGAGUCGGUAGCACCCGAAGAGGUCUAUCGACCUAGCCUGAUGCGACAAUACCUUGUUCGUCUUGACGAGCCCCGCAGAGUGUAUCACGUGGACAUCUACAAGAUACAAGGCGGUACGACCGGUGCAUGCCAUGAGCCCGCAUCUUGCAAAGAGAUCCAGGUCGGCGCAGACGUUUCGAAUGGCGGUGACGAAUUCAUCCUUGCAGGUGCAGAUGCGGAGCAAGAGCUUGAGAGGGUGAAACAGCAGCUGCGCGAGAUGUCCGAGAUGUCUGAGAAGGAUUACAAAAAGUCAGUGCGGCGCCUGUACCACGCCUGGCAUCCGGACAUAGUUGGGGAGACACCAUUCAACAGCAUGAUGUUCCGCAUGAUCCUGCGACACGCCACAUGGUUCCGCGAUGGACGUCCUGGCGGUCAGGACUGGCUUGACGACUAUUCGGUCGGACAGGAGCCAGCGGAAGCCACAGCAUCAGUAGCAUUCAAGCGGAGGAAGAGCGAGGCCAGCAAGCCUCGUCACGAUGAUGCGGACGACCAGGCAGAGCGCCGGAAGACUUCCUCUGCCUAUCGGCCACGUCGCGAGCCAUCGCAGCAGGUUUCCUGGUUUGAGGAGUUCGACAGAGAGGUGAGAAGGACUCUUCAUACCGAAGCCACCCCAGCGAGGAAAGUGGCAGCUCCGCCAAUCUUCGCCCCAAGCCGUCCACCGGCAUGGCAACCGCCCAGGAUGAUCGACGAGGAGGCAGCCUUGACGUGGCUUCGGCAAGCAGAGUACGAUUACAAGGCCCUGGAGGAACUAGCAUCGUCCAGCGAGCGAGUCCAUGCCCAUGUGGUUUGGCACGCGCACCAGGUGGUGGAGAAGGCGUUGAAGUCAGCAAUGCUCCGCACUUGUGGCCUGGCAGAAGAGGAAUUCACCGGUCACGGCUGCCACGACUUGGCGAUGCUCUACGGCCGGCUUGCUGAUGCAUCUCCAGAGUCGACUGCGCAGCGACGGGCGCAGGAGGACUUGCCGUCAGACCGUCAGGACAUGCGAUGGUUGACGAAGGCCUACUUGAGCGCGCGUUAUCCGAACAUGCACAAAGCCGGACAGGUUCCAGCAUUGGCGUACGACAAGCACGACGCCAAACGAGCCGCCAGCACGGCAGACCACUUCAUCAAGUGGGCCCAAUUGCUUGAUGAUCUUCCCAUUCCUGGGAGUGGCCAGGAGAGGAUGCGGAAGCGACCAACUUCGAUGACCGAACUUUCGGGGGAACCUGCGCCGGCACCACCGAGAGGCCCAAGAGCGCAAGCUUCCAAACCACAGCACGAAACCACGUCACCUGCAACACUUCCGGCUCAGAGACAAACUGCUUCGAAGCCUUUGCCAGAGUCGGCACCCGUCCUACUGCCACCUGAGAGCCUGCCGCCCCUCGCCACAGCCGAGCCAGGUGGUCUUCCGGAGGAAGGCGGCAUGCAACAGCUGCCGAAGUAA